AUGAUUCGGUCAACUUUAUCAAAAUUUCAAAAGGCAUUUUUUUCUUUGCCUUCAAGCUCAAAAGACCUUAUAAGGACUCUUGACUUUAGUCGUGGCAUUAAUAGCAUGCGAAGGCUCGAAAGAAAAAUCGUGCUAAUCACGGGUGCCUCAGCUGGUAUCGGUGAAGCAUGCGCAAAAGAAUUCGCAGCUGCAGGAUCAAAUCUGAUUCUUACAGCUCGACGAGUAGAUCGUCUAGAACGUUUGAAAAGUGAUCUUUCAAAAAAGUAUCCACAAGUAAGAAUUCACACUCUCCAACUGGACGUACGUGAUAAAACGAAUGUUGAUAAGCUGGUGCCUGGGUUACCAUCUGAAUUCAAAGAGGUUGAUAUACUUGUUAACAAUGCUGGCCUCGUUAUUGGACUUGACAAAAUUAAUGACGUCACCGAUGAUGCGAUUGACACGAUGAUUGACACAAAUGUUAAAGGCCUCAUAUAUGUAACGCGAGCUAUAUUACCCGGGAUGAAAGAACGUCAGCGUGGUCAUAUUAUUAAUAUAGGAUCCGUAUCAGGAACACAAGUAUAUCCUGGCGGUGGUAUUUAUUGUGCGUCAAAACAUGCCGUAAAUGCGAUCUCAAGAACACUAUUGCUCGAAUUGGUUGAUACACCGAUUCGCGUGACGGAAAUUAAUCCUGGAAUGGUAGAGACAGAAUUCUCAAUAGUCCGAUUCAAAGGUGACAAAGAGAAAGCUGGGAAAGUGUAUCAAGGAUUUAAUCCUUUGACUGGUGAAGAUAUCGCCGAGACGAUUAUAUUCGCAGCUUCUCGCCCAGAUCAUGUUAACAUUGCAGGCAUGUUCCUUCAAGAAAUUAUUAUUUGA